UCGUCCUCACCGGGUGGACUCUGCCCCAUGCCCUGCGCCCGUGCGGUCAGCCCGGCCUCCCCGCCGGCACUAGCUACCCGCUUCCCCGGCCCGAGCAUCGUUCUUGCCCUCGCUCCCUCGCCGUCGUGCUCCUCCUCCUGCUCUUGCUGCCGCCGAUAAUGGCCCAAGCGCUCUGGAUGGAACCUCUCGCUGGGGAUCUGGAUGACCGAGGCGUUCUUCACACCGUUCAGGGCCAGGUUCUCCUUGGCUGCGGCCACCAGCCGCCGGUCAAUUUCCACGCCUACCACCCGACGAAAUUUCCGGCUCAAAGCGACCGUGUGAUUUCCUCCGCCGCAAAAGAGCUCCAACAAAUCGAAAGCAGGCGGCUUGUCUCCGC